AUGGAAACUCCGUACCCGAAACUCAUCGAUCCUUCGAAAACUCGAAUCGGAUGGAUUGGGAUCGGAAUAAUGGGAUCAGCCAUGGUCUCUCAUAUCCUCGCCGGAGGCUAUUCAGUCACCGUCUACGCUCGUGAUCACCGAAAGUCAAAGGAUCUACAAACCAAAGGAGCUCGAACCGCCAACAGCCCCAAAGAGCUUGCAGAGAUGAGUGACGUUGUGUUCACCAUCGUCGGAAACGCUAACGAUGUCCGAUCGUUGCUUCUCGGUCCCGAUGGUGUACUCUCUGGUCUUAAACCAGGUGGAGUAACCGUUGACAUGACUAGCAGCAAGCCAGGACUAGCGCGUGAGAUUUACGCGGAGGCGAGACUGAGAGAUUGCUGGGCGGUAGACGCGCCGGUGUCGGGUGGUGACGCCGGAGCACGCGAAGGGACGCUGGCGAUUUUCGCCGGCGGAGAUUCCGAGAUCGUUGAGUGGUUAUCUCCGGUGAUGAAGAACAUGGGGAAUGUAAAGUAUAUGGGAGGAGCAGGGAAUGGACAUAGCUGCAAAAUCGGGAAUCAGAUCUGCGCUGCAGGCAACAUGGUGGGACUCGCUGAAGGGAUUGUAUUCGCCGAGAAAGCUGGUUUAGAUCCAAUGAGAUGGCUCGAGGCGGUGAAGGACGGUGCGGCUGGAUCGGCGGUUAUGCGACUGUUCGGAGAGAUGAUGGCGAAGAGGGAUUAUAAACCGACAGCGUUUCCGAAGUAUAUGAUUAAAGAUUUGGGAAUGGCGGCGGAGGAAAGUGACGUGGCGGCGGCGGCAUUGCCCGGAGCUGCUUUGAACAAGCAGUUAUUCUCUGGAAUGGUGGCGAACGGUGAUGGUAAGUUAGGGUUUCAAGGCGUUGUCUCUGUUAUUAGGAGACUUAACCACAUUCCCUGA